AGUGUGUGAGUUGCUCAUGAGCAUCAAAGAAGAUUCAUUAUCCUUGGCCUGAAUUUUUGUUUAGAAAAGAAGCACAAGGUAGUUCCCUUCCGGACCAAACAUCCAUGGUCAUAGCUUUUGGGUGUUCUGGAAGAAUAUUGCAUGUGUUCUCCUUCCUCUGUGCUCCUGGAUUGACCCAGAGGGCAAGAAGAAAUAAUGGUGAUGACAUCUCAUAGGACUGGGGUGCUCAUUCCCUUCCAUUGUUAAACCCCCGUUCUUGCCCCCUAGUUUCUUUUUGCCGUUGUUCUGAGAUUUGGCGUUGGUUUUUGUUGGGGAUUUCUUUUCCCCCAUCCUGAUGAGGGCACCACUGCAGACCAUGCUGUGCCUGGGGUUGUGGGCAGCUGCCCUGCUCUGCUUGUUUUCCCCUGGCACCGUGCGAGGUGACUGCUGGCUGAUAGAGGGGGACAAAGGGUAUGUGUGGCUGGCCAUCUGCAGCCAGAACCAGCCCCCGUAUGAGACCAUCCCCCAGCACAUCAACAGCACGGUGCACGACUUGCGUCUGAACGAGAACAAGCUCAAGGUGGUGCUGUACUCCUCCCUCAACCGCUUCGGCAACCUGACUGAUUUGAACCUGACCAAGAAUGAGAUCUCCUACAUUGAAGAUGGGGCUUUCAUGGGUCAGUCAAACCUCCAGGUCCUACAGCUGGGCUACAACAAACUCACCAACCUGACAGAGGGCAUGUUGCGGGGCAUGGCCCGCCUCCAGUUCCUCUUUGUGCAGCAUAACCUAAUUGAGCUGGUCACCCCUACUGCCUUCUCUGAGUGCCCCAGCUUGAUUAGCAUUGAUCUGUCAUCCAACCGCCUCAGCCGUCUGGAGGGCAACACUUUCACCAGCUUGAGCAACCUGAUGGUGUGCGAGCUGGCUGGCAACCCCUUCAACUGUGACUGUAGCCUCUACGGCUUCCUUAACUGGCUGGCUCUCUUCAACAAUGUCACCAAGAACUAUGACCGCCUCCAGUGUGAGACUCCACGGGAGUUUGCUGGGUAUCCGCUCCUGGUGCCGCGGCCUCACCACAACCGCAAUGCCAUCACCAUCUUCCAGUCCAUGUGCAGAGGGGGCACCAUCCCCUCUCUCUCCAGGGUCAACCCAACUCCUUACACCCCUGACUCCCAGCGAGAUCUGGAUGAGGGGUCAGCCAUCAGCCCUGGGGAUUUCCUCUCAGUCAAGCCUCCAGCCUCUUCCACCACUGACUCCUCCUUCAGUCCCAGCAUCAAACUACAUGACGUCACAAUCACUUCAGCCAUCCUGAUGGUCACCAUCCCUAUGCCCUACAGUAAGAUGUAUGUGCUGGUCCAAUACAACAACAGCUACGUUUCUGACAUAGCAACACUGAAGAGCAAGAAGGAAUAUGUCACUGUCAACAAGCUGAAGGCCCACACUGAUUAUACAUUCUGUGUGGCCUCUAUCCGCAACAACAGGCGUUACAACCAUACUUGCCUGACUUUUGCAACCCGGAGCAAAGGCAGGGAGGAUCCUAUUUCCAGUACUUCCACCACUACACACUAUAUUAUGACCACCCUCGGUUGCCUCUUUGGGAUGGUCAUUGUCCUGGGGGUGGUGUACUACUGCCUGCGGAAGCGGAGGAUGCAGGAGGAGAAACAGAAGUCGCUCAAUGUCAAAAAGACCAUUCUAGAAAUGCGCUAUGGAUCAGAUAUUGAUACCAGUACCAUGGUCCAUCCUUCCCAGAAGCUGGGUGAGCCACCUGUCAUUCCUGUCUCACGGAUGUCCUCCAUCCCUUCCAUGAUUGGGGAGAAGUUGCCCCCAUCGAAGUCAAUGGAUGCUGGGAUGGAGACUCCCAAAGUCACCACUAAAGGUAACUACAUUGAGGUGCGGACAGGUGGUGGGGAUGGGCUGGAGAGAACCCAGCGAGAUGAGGACCUGAGGGAGCUUGACAACGGGCAAGGCUCAGCUGCUGAGAUCUCUACUAUAGCCAAGGAGGUAGACAAGGUCAACCAGAUCAUCAACAACUGUAUUGAUGCCCUCAAGCUGGACACAGCAUCUUUCCUGGGUGGUGGGACUGCUGUUGACUCAGAUAUGGCCUUUGAGUGCCAAUCCAUCCCAGCUGGCUCCUCGACUGGGCUAGAGCGGCCCAGCUUUCUUUCCCCACCCUACAAAGAGAGCUCCCACCACCCUUUGCAGCGCCAGCUCAGUGCUGAUGCUGCUGUGGCCAGGAAGACCUGCAGUAUCUCCUCUAGUGGCUCCAUCAAGAGCGCCAAGGUCUUCAGCUUGGAUGUGCCUGACCACCCACCACUCAGCAAGUCUGACUCCAAAUACAUUGAGAAGGGCAGCCCACUAAACAGCCCUUUGGAUCGUCUUCCCUUGGUGUCUCCGAGCGCCAUCCACCACUUGGAGGUCAAGCCUUCUUACCAUUGCAGCGAGCACCGUCACUCCUUCCCGGCCCUGUACUAUGAGGAGAGCGCUGACACCUUGAGCCAGCGGGUGUCAUUCCUCAAGCCACUGUCCCGGUCCAAGCGAGACUCCACGUACUCCCAGCUCUCCCCCAGACACUACUUCUCGGGCUACUCCUCCAGCCCCGAGUACUCCUCAGAGAGCACCCACAAGAUCUGGGAGCGAUUCCGGCCUUACAAGAAGCAUCACAGGGAGGAGGUUUACAUGGCAGCUGGGCAUGCCCUGCGGAAGAAAGUUCAAUUUGCCAAGGACGAGGAUCUGCAUGACAUCCUGGAUUACUGGAAAGGAGUCUCUGCUCAGCAGAAGCUGUGACUCUUCCUCACAAGGAAACAAUACAAACCAAGACCCCCCCCCCGCCCCCUCCAACAACCAGAAAAAAAAGCCACUUGACUGUGAAAAAUAAACCAACAACAAAAUACUCCUGACAAAUACAAAACUGACAAAACCUUUUCUUAAAGUUUACAACAACUCUUACACAGACACACACACUGACACACACACACACACACACACACACACACACGCCAAAUUGUCUCUACUGUGUUAUGGGGACCAUUGUUCUGCCCACAGAUGGCUGGGAGGAGCGCCCUGCACUGACACUGUGGUAACAACGUUGGAAUGUGGGUGGGUGGGAAUGGCCUGGGAGUGGGUGGCAGUGGUGGUAGGAGAAGGGCAAAGAUGGACACUCACUGGGCAUGAAACUCAGCUGUGAACUAUUCAUGUUUCUGUUCCUGUUGAAGGCUGAUUUUUCUUUUGGGUGGGAAGGAAGGACUUUGGUUUAGAAAGAUUCCUUGUCCACCUUGUACACCUGCUAUGCCAAAUCUUCCAUCACUAACUUUUCCCCUCAUUUUCUUUAGCAGUGGAGGCUUUUCUCUUUCUCCUGUCCCCUUCUAAAAAAGAUGGGAAUUGCUGGAAGAAGUUCUCUCCCUUCUUUUCCUUUGCCCUUCCCUAUCCUCUCUGUUAAGGGUCCCUGGACUUGAACUUCUUGUCCAGAUACUUCACAAACCUCCGUCCUCCUCAGAGGAAGGAGAAGAGAUGUGAAGGACCAAGGUGGGUAGGACCUGCCAUAUAAGAGGCUCUGUGCCCUUGCUGCUCUUCCUCCUUCCCUUCUCCUGCCACAUUGCUGCUGAUGAACACCAGCAGUAUGGAGGGACAGGCAUUCUCCAGGCCUUCUCAGAGCCAGUUUUCUGCCAGUUGGUGGGGAGAAACAGGUUGUGAAUAUUCUCUUUGGCAUGGCAAGCCAGGUCCUCAAGGAGUGCUGGAGGAAAAGGCAGGAAGGUCUGGUCUAUCAGAGGUGUAUGGGGUUCCCAUUUCUCCGUGAGUGUUACAGGUCAGAGGUCCUCUUCACCCCACUUGCCUAUGCUCAGUCUGCCCUUGUCUAGUCAGUUUAAAACUCUCUGUUCAUGUCCCCUUUACUAUGAGGAAGGGACUUGGGGAGGACUUCAGCAGAGCAAGUUCUCCUUGAAGCCUGUGCAGCUCUUCCCAACUGAUUUACACCAUGGGCUGUGGGGUGGGUGUCCAUGAGAAAAGUAUCAUCCAACCUCCUCACUUCCAGGUGAAUGUGAAGAACAGGAUUUCAGCUGCUCAUCUUAUUGGGUUGGCCUCACAAAGAGUCUUUCUCUUGUAUAGGCUAUGGACGUUCUGGCAUGGAUAGGGGGCAGCCUAGGGUGAACACAGGAGCACAGGGAACAAAUGGGAUGUGAGAAUGGGGCCUGGGUGUAGCCCAAGAAGUAUGGCCUGGAAGAAGCUCCCUUAGGUGUGCAGCCACACUGUGUGUGCCAGGAUAGAGGAGGACUCCAGCAUCUGGAUGGCAAUGUUCCUUUGACUACUUAGACGCCCUCGUGAGAAUGAGAACAACACAUCAUCUCCUAAUCCUCACAGGUGUGACAAACUUUUCCUAGGGAUCCUGUCAUGUCUUGACAAAAUCCCAGUUGCACUUGCUAGAUCCCAGCCUCUGCCUCUUGCAUAGAAGAUCUGUCACAGUUGACAAUAAGCCUACUGCCCUCUCCACCUAUUCCCAUUUUUGAGCAAUGCAAUAAAGCACAAUCUUGGCACCAUCUCCCCCAGUAUUUUUCUGUCAGGCAGAGGGCUGCCUGCUGAACUUAUCUUUAUGCAGCACAGUGAGCCUCCUUUCCAUGAUCUACCCAACACUUGACCAUAGUUCACCUCUAUCAGGAUGAGGAUGAGGGCCUAUGUUUUGUUGGCCCUCCCUGAGUAGUUAUUUCCUCUUUGAGGUGCUCCUCAGAAGACCCAGUGUUUUGGGGGCCCUGGGAGAAGGAUGAGGGUGUAGGAGCUUCUCUAGGAGGGAUUUACAUUCUGCAUGCAGAGAACUUGCCUGUUAUCUGCCAGGUAGUAGCAAUGCCAGCUGUGAGAGCUGGCUUCUAUGCCACACAUGACAAUUUCACUGUCUGUAAGUGAGGUAGGAGCAGUAGGCAGAGUCUGAUGCAGGAAAACCAGAGCAGGUAUCCCCAAAGUGUAAACCUAUGAAGAUCUGUGGAGUUUCUUCCUUGUAGGGAUGCUGAUGGUAACAAUCCUAAGCCAGGUCCUGACCCCAUUUGCUCAGACUUUUCACUGUCAGCCUGCUUUCCCAUAGUCAAAGCAUUAUUUUGCCUUGAGUCCAGAGGUGUUUGUGGGACUGACUCCACACGGUAAGAGCCAAUCCAACCCAGAAGAAGGGGUGUGUGUGCACAUGUGUGUGUGCACCUGGAUGCAGGAGGAUGAAGGGAAGUCACACAUCGAAGUCACAUCACUGCUGGCAGCUGUCCCUUCAUGUUGGGGCCGUGCAGCAAACCAAGACAGGUAAAUGCUGUGAGAGAUGCUUAGGCACAACAGAGAGAUCCCCAACUACCACACAGGGCAAGCUCAGUGGUCUUCCAGCACGGCAACCAUCCAAGCAGAAAAGACUAAUGGCUGGGGCACAGAACUGAUCAGAAAAAGGGGGAUGACAGGCUAGGGGGUAUGGAGUCUGGUUCCUCUCUCCAACUCUUCCCUCCCUGUGCUUCUCUGCUGUGUGGUCUUGUGAACAGUUCUGCUCAGUCAAUACUUUAGGGGGAGCAUUAACUUAUAAAGGUUUCUGCUUUUUCCCCUCAGCACCUCAAUGAGGCAGAAAAGAAAGGUCAGGGAUACAGCUAUCAUCAGGCCCUUCUUUUUUCUCUGAUGUGGGUAAGGCUGGAUAGGAGGGAAAAGCCAUUUCUCUCCCAGCUGUAGCCCCCAUUUCAAACCAUUGGAUGAAGUUUGCACAAGAUGGACUGUUCUGUGGGAGGAAGAGGGCAAGGAAGGGGAACAAAGUGUCUCACCUUCCUUCCUCCUCCCUACUUCUUUGUCCUGCUCCCUCCCUCAGGAUGAGGGCUCACAAAGUGAUGCCAGCCCUGUUGGAGGAAAGCAGAUUUAACGUUCUAUUUGCAUGACAAUUUUACUGUAUUUUUCUGAGCAAACACCUGUUGUGUAUGUGCCAGUUUGUUGGAAUUUAACCUCCUCCCUCCAAGUCUCUCCUGUCCUUGCCCCUGUUUUCUCUGCUCCUUUCAUUGAUCUCUGAUGUGAUUUUAUGAGAGACUCCUACCAGUUUGAGAUGGAACAUACCCCAAGGAGAACCCAAACCAAUCACCCCAUAAACCUCAUUCCUUCUUCUUUCCAGUGUCCCCCUUUCCCUUGCUCCAAACGUGGUCUCUCAGCUGCUUUUCACAGUCAUGUGUGUAAAGGAGUAGGUGUUAUAUACCAAAGGCCUGCUCUUUCUAGUGGCCAUCGUUUCUCCUUGUUAUUGAGGAGCAGGAAUGAGGCCUGUCAAGAUAGAUCUUGUAAGAGAUAUGGUCACCACCCUCCCUUUGCCCUGGUUGCUCUUUCCCAAAAAGCAAGGUUAUUCUUGAGGGAACGUGGAGUGCUUUAGCUGAAGAGAAACCUCUGAUAGAGUGAAAACUUGAUGUGCAGCUGAUUACAAUCACUUGGAAGAUCUCCCACCACCUUCCUCUUAUUGGUUGCAUAGACCUCUGGAUUAGGUCUAUCCUAUGCAUUCUCCGCCGUGGCUGGCCUGACAGAGGGAGGGGCCUCAAAAACCUCUUUGUUGGGAAAAUGUGGAGAGACUGCCUGAUGUUUCUAAGGCCUCUGAGGCUUGGCUUUGGCAAGUCCCUCAAUGCUGCCUUCUCCCAGGGCAAAGUGGACUUCUGGGGCCAAACCAAGACCAAACCCUUUCAUACUUUAUUUCUGGUUUGGUGACUCUUGGCAGAGAAAACAGGGGUUUGGUUCACCUCACUGGACAUUGUGGAGGAUGAGGAAUGAGGUUGGGCGCAGCCCUGCCCUCAAGUCCCAAGAACAGCCUUGAGGAGAAGCCUGGGCUGGGGUCCUGCACCCAGGGGAGUGAAGGUGAGACUCUGUUCCUCACAGUGGGGCAGAGAUCUUUCCCAUAUCUGCUGGUGCUGCCCCAGUUUAUGCUGCAGUACCAUGUUCCCUUCUCCCCCUCCCCACUCUUCCAUACUGAAUAAAUCCCUCUUGAGGCAGGUGUGAAAUAUUCAUGACUGACAAAUGAAGAAUUAUGUUGGGCUGAGGAGGCCUCUGUGUGUUUGCAAUGCUAAUCAGCCUUCUUGGCUAGAGGAGGCUCUGCCUGGCAGGCUUGAAGGAAGGAGGGGAAGAUGCAGGAGGAAGGUGGAAAAGGAGCUGAGAAAGAGAUGAGGGGCAGACACAGUAGGGGUGAAUAAGGUAUGGUGAGAACAAGGAGUGGUGAGACAAGGAGGUAACAGGUAGAGGGAGAUGGAGAAGGUGUAGAAGAGGGACAGGCUGAAAGACCUGGGGAAGAGAUAGCUACAGUGGAAAGAAUGGGAUGAUAAAGGGACAAAGGGAACAGCAAGGAAAAGGAUUGAGUGCAGGGGUGAAGGCUCUCUGAGAGGAGGUGGGGAAUAAGUCAGCAGUGCCUGGAGAAAACAAUCUGAGCAGACUUCAUGAUGAGCUGUGACCCCUCUCUGUAGGGCAGAGCUCAGUGCUACAGGGUGGGCAGCUGCCAUCUGGGUAGGAGCUGGACCCAAGCCCCAAAAGCACACUUGCCAUGCUUGUUGCUGACUGGAAAGCUCAGCUACAUCAGGAAGGACACACAGCCUCCAGGAGCCUGGAGAACAUCCCUUCCACCAUCACCACCUCCUUCCACACGAGAUGCAGUCAAGAAGAGCCUCAUGGAGCUGUGUCCUCUUGCUGGAGCCAGCCUGCUGCCGUUCCACCAUCUGAGCAGGAGGGAACCUCCUCAGGGUGGCUUGGUGAGGGACGGACACUUUGUGCCACCCCACACCGGGCUAUGCGGGUUUCUUGUAGGGCUGGUGGAGCCUGCCCCACCUCAGCCGUGCCCUGCCCACCCUGUCUGAGCAGGUGUUUUCUUAGGUCCUUCCCGGGAGAAGCGACAGAAGGGAGCAUCUGUUGUGUCCCCCCUACACACGCACGCAUUCCCAGCCCUGUCCCUCAGCCGCUUUGGCCUUGUACUGUGAGGGGCGUUCUCGGUCUGCCUGCCCUUGGCUGUCCCCCCACGCGCCCUGGGGAGGUGUCUCUGUCCCUGCCAUCCUAUUAGGGCGGCUCUCUGCAGGGCUGCCCCGACCCACCCCGUCCCUGAGUGGAGAGAGGGCAUCCUCUGCCUGGCAUCUCCUUGUCCCUCUUCUCCUGCUCCUUCUCCUCCCUGCCCCAGCAGGGGUCGAGUUCCCUCCUCCCCCUGUACGGCCCCCUCCGAUGCCCCAUCCCCGCGCGUUCGGCUUGGCCUUUGCCUCCCCGUAACUACCACCGCCACUGUGAGGCCUUGCUCCUGGCUGGCCUGUCCCACCUUCCUGCUCUCCACCUUUCCAGGGGGAAGAGGAAGAGCCUGUCCGGGUCAGGCCAGACCCUCCAGGGCUGGUACGGCUGGUCCAUCCACAAGCACAGCGUCUGGGGUGAGAGGGUGGGAAGGGGCGGGCAGCUGCCGGGCACACAGAAGGGGGUGUCAGCCCGUGAAUGUAAGGAAGGGCCUGGGAGGCAGCUGCUGGGACUGGCUCCUUGUGGCCUCUUUGGUGUUCCUCCUUCCGUAACAACCCUGUGACCCCCCGGUUGUGUAUGGACAAAUUUAAGUUGGAGUUACAUUCUUUACUUUCUUCUUAUUUUUUGAAUUUCUUUUCUUUUCUUCUUUUAGAAUUGUAUUUCUUUCUUGUUCUUUUCUUUCUUUUUUUUUCUCUCUUUCCUUCUUUUCCUGUUUUAAAACUGAAUGGCACGAAAUCGUUUUUCCUCAACUCGGAGAUUCCUGUAUGGAGAAAAUCAAUUUCUAUAUUUGCAAUAAAUUUCUUAUUUAAAAAAAACAAAACCAAGAAAAAACCUAAAAAAAAAAAAAUCAACAAGCAAAAACUA